AUGGCUCCUAAACGCGCCGCCGAAGGCACGGCCUCAAAAGACCACCAGGUCAAGAAGCGCAAGGGCUUCGGACCAAACACCCUCCCCGAGGGUCCAUGGCGUAGAAAGGUCGAAAAGAAGAAGAUCGAGCUCAUCCACAAGGCCAAGAUCAAGAAAGCCUACGCAAAGAUCAAGGAGCGUGAACUCGCCUCCCAGGCCUCGUCCUCGUCCUCAAACGCACAGCAACCCGCCACCGCCAAUGUCACCGCCGCGCUGGCACAGAAGGACGUCUCAAGCGAAGAUGAGCUCGACUCCCUCCAGGACCCCUCCAGCAAGACGGGCUCUCCUGCGCCGACUUCAGCAUCAGCAGCAGCUGCUGCUGCUGCAUUAUCAGCAGUGGUAGUAGACACACCCACAGACGCCACAUCCUCAUCCUCAUCAACACCAACACCGCCAACGACAACAACCACAACCCCUAACCCCUCAAAAGAAAAAGCAAACCCCUCCCGCGCAGAAACGCUCGACAACAACGACGACAAACAACCCAACCCAAACACAAUCGCCAUCAAACGCAACGCCUCGGCAGAAGACACAACCUCUGCCCCAGACACCACCACCGCCGGAGGCGGAGACCGCUACCAACCCGGCCAACAACAACGCAAACCCCGCACCAACAAACCAAACUACUACGAAAAACAACUCGCCCAAGCCUCGCAAAAAAAGCAAGAGGCAGAGGCCCGCCACGCCGAGAUCCAGCGCCGCCGCGAGGAGCGCGAGCGCAAGACGGCCGACCGCGAGCGGUACCGCCGGGCCAUGGCCAAGGCGCGCAAGGGCACCGAGAAUGGCGGGCAGCGCAGGCUGGGCAGGGAGAGCGCGCUGUUGUUGGAGAAGGUGAGGCGUAUGGUUGGGGAUUCAAAGUAG